AUGGGUUUCGCAUCCGACUGGCUGGAGGCGGCGUUCGGACGCUGGACGCAACGCAGCGCGGCGGCACGAGGCGCCACACGGCGCCUGCUCUGUGUUCACGGUUUCGGCGCCUUUGUCCGCGCACUUGCCCAUGCGCCCGACCUUAUUGCCGCCAAGUGUGCGCUGCUGGCACUUGCGACAGUUAUAGUCCACGUAUUCAUACUGCUACGGCCACAACAUAUUCGAUGGGCUCAAGUCUGCACGGUACUUCUGCUAGUUGUCGACUGUGUUGCGUGCAAACCUGGCCACGACGCAUUGUUCCCGGGAAUUCUAGCUAUAUUCGCUAUCUACACACUACUCACACUACCAUUUUACGUGGUUCUUGGUGGGACCGUCAUAUUGUCGGUGAUACAAACAUGCAAUUUUGUGCUAUUUGUAACGCCGCUCAGGACAAAUGAGCUUCUCGCGACCGCUGUUGUACACGUGUGGUGUCAUUUCCUCGGCCUCUAUCUCCAUUUAUCCGUCGAUCGCCUCACUCGGUCUGCCUUCUUAAGCGGUCGAAAUGCAGUGGAAGCUGAAAAUGCGGCUGAGCACCAAAGCAAUAGGCUGACUCGACUGCUGUCUGCAUUUCUGCCUCAACACCUCAUUUCGGCGGCCCGUCUUCAAAUCGCCACCAGCAAUCCGCACAUCUACGCUGAGCACUACCCUCAGGUUACCGUGGCGUACGGACGUUUGAUUGGCUUUGAAGCAGUUCUUUCGCAGUGCUCUUCACUUGAUGCGGCGAGGGUUCUCAAGGAGAUUGAGCAACGGAUCGAUCGUCUGUGCGACUUGAACGGGUGCACUAAGGUGGCUUCAGAAGGGAUUACUGUACUUUCUUCUAUUCCGAGUCACGAUCCGUAUCAUGCCCUGAAUGUGGUUAGGUUUGCCUUGCAGCUGGAGGCUCUGAUUAGCUCGUUUCGUGACGCGACAACGGCCGAUGUGGCGGUCUGUGUGGGAAUCGACAGCGGCUCGGUGUCGGCGGGUGUCGUCGGUGCUGCCAAGUGGCACUACGAUGUGAUUGGCGUAACCGUGGACAACGCUAUUCUGCUGCAGAGUAACGCACCGGCGCACGGCGUCUUCUUGACGGAAGAGACUCGCCAUUUGGUAGAGAAUCAUUUCACUCUCGAACACAUCGGCGAAAUAUGGCGCGUGUCUGGCGCCUCUCCCGGACCGGAGCUUUUUCCAGUCAACAAAAGGUUCUCCAUGGUUACCGUACCGCAGGGCAUCAAUCGACUUUUGCAAACUUUGUCUACUAUCGAUCCACAAAUAAAAACUAUUGGAGCUACAAAAAAGAGGAAGGGAAAACUUCACGACGACGACCGAAAGAAAGAUGUGGCAUCUGGCAAAGGCAGUUUCAUGAACUCGUUAUCGCUACAGUUCAAAAAUAGUCGUCUUGAGACGGAGUUCCACAAGGAAAUGGAUCAUUGGUUCAUACCUGCGCUGGCGAUCAGCAUCUUCUUUCUAGUCGUAUACGGUAUUUACCACAUGUUGGUAAUGCCGAGACUCAUCACCAGUCUGGCCCUCAUUGUUGUCGCUCUUACGCUUAUGUUUUUCAUUCUUCUGAUGCUGUACAUCAACUAUUUCCAUAGUUUUUCUCAAUUCAUCACGCGCACUUCCCACGGUCAUUCCCUUACAAUUUUGCUCAUUAUGGCAAUUCUUUUUCUAUGCGGAAUAGUGAACACGUUCUCGUGCCCUCAACCAGAACAGGCUGAUGUGUGUCAAACGAUACAUUUUUCGGCGUUCUCAUUCGCCAUGUGGAUACUGACAACUGCAGUUUUCAUUCGAUUCUCCUCCCUGUACCUACUCGGAGUGCUCAUGUUCGCCGUAUUCAUUUACACAAUCCAGAUCUUCCUCACACAUCCUCCCAUUGGACCACAAGAAUUCACUGUUGAGUUUGACCUAUGGGUAGGUCUGUCUUCGCUGGCCACACUUGUGUUUUUGCACUCAAGAAGGUGCGAGAAACUCAUGCGACUCGAUUUUCUGUCUGUGGUCAAGGGAGUGGAGGAGUCGUCGUCAAAAGAUCGUUUUUUGCUCCUAAACAGUCAAGUGCUGCUAAAUCUCGUACCGCCCCAUGUAGCUCCAUGGGUGGUUGCGAAAACUGGCGAACAAUGGCAUCAUGCACAUCACUCAGUCGGUGUCGCUUAUCUGACGAUUUCUGGCUUUAACCUCUCCGGUGAACAGGGACUGAACGGGCUGAACUACGUGUUCACUUCGUUUGACCAGCAACUUACAAACUUCCGUGGAAUUGAGAAAGUGAAGAGCGCUAAUCGAUUCUACAUUGUCGCUGUUGGUCUUCUUCCGGAUGCUGCACAAAAUGUGAACGAAACUCCUUGGACAAUUGGUGAACUUCUGCACACACUGGCACAAUUCUUGCUGCAGGCAACUCAGUUUGCAUCAGAAAAGGACUUCCAGGUGCAGAUCGGUAUGGAUUGCGGCAGCGCCCUGUCACUAGUUGCUGAUAGUGACCAACCCCGUUACGAGCUGUGGGGUGAAACCGUCGAACGUGCUCGUAUUUUGAUGCAGAGUGCCAGUCAUGGGAAAACUUACGUCUCCGAGGAGAUAUUCCUGGCUCUCAGGCCACGAAAUCUUCACUUCAGCACAAAGCCGAUAAAGGUCAUUCCGAACUUGAACGCCUACAUCCUCUACAGUAUGGAGGACAACACCCUGAAUGGGACCUUGCCACGUGAGGAAGAGGAGCGCCGCCACACUCAGGGGAUGUUUGAAGCAGCACAAAAUGUCGACUCACAAAUGACAUCCUCUAUGGCAUCUUCAUUCUCGUCAGAGCUCCAAUCGAUCGAGGGUGGAGGUGAAACAGACAGUGACAUAGAAUGGAUAACUCCGGAGACGGCGUUGAUGCGCCAGACAACCUCAUCAUCCUACCAGGCUCGAGAACCUGUCAUACCGUUCCGGAGCAACUACCGCAUGUCUGACUAUAACCCCUACAGAGAGCCGUAUCGUGUGCAAGACGUUCUUCCUCACCGGUUUUCCGACAGCUAUAAGGGCGAUCACGUCAGUCAGUACUCAGAUUGGUCCGAGCAGGAGAGCAGAGCGCCAAGCCGAAACAGCCAACGAGCACGGCGACGGUGGCGCGGAGGUUCGAAGUCAUCAUUGCGCCAUCCAUUUGCUUGGUUGAAAAGGGGUAAUUCCACAGACUACGACGACUCGUUAGCAGAUCCUGCAGAUCGACUAGAAGCCGCAGCGAACAGAGUCGACCGCAUGCUGCAGGAACUCAACGCCUACGGAGAAUUCGCUGAUAUCAAGCCUUUAGAAUAUCGCCCAUUCCCUACUGCAUAUGGGUCGAUGAAGUCCGUGCAUCGCGCCAUGUCCUCUGCGUGUCACACCGAGUACGACAACGCGGAAUCAGAGGCUGCCCUUUCCGACGCGGAAACGAACGCGAACGGAAAAUCAUCACGAUCCAACGAGAAACGGCGGAAGAGGCGAUGGCGAUCGCGGAAACCUGAAGACGCUGAUAUGGAGUCUCAAUGUAGUAGUGCAGCCAGUAGUGUGGAUCUCGACCCAUUACGCUGGAAGUCUGUUCAUUCAAUUGGCUACGAGAACGAGUACGAAAUGCAAUCUGACAAUGAGGGACUGGCCAUUGAGGAAAUGAAGGCGUUGUCACGCGACAUCCGGAAGAACUUCGGCGACUUCAAGCUAGCCACGUUCGAUGACAUUGAUCAGGACUGA